AGAGAAUCUCAGUUGGCUAUCAUGGAGCAGUGACGUGUCUCGUGACUGCGCCAUAUUUCUGCAAGCCGGCGGAGUUCAUUCUCUCCGCGGUGGGCUUCGCCGAAGUAUCGUGAAACUGCAGUUAUACAAUUUCAAGUUCGAUUGAGCCAACAACUUCAAAGAAGUAUCCGGAUAAAUUAAGACUCAAAAUGCCGGGUUUUAGCAGCGCGGGCACUUUUAAAAUUUUCAUCGGCAACCUAGACGAGAAAACGAGCGUGAAUGAUCUACGUCCUCUAUUCGAGAAGUACGGAAAAGUGGUUGAAUGCGAUGUCGUCAAGAACUACGGUUUCGUCCAUAUGGAGAACGAAAACGAGGGACGCGAUGCAAUUCAACAACUAAAUGGUCACAUCCUCAACGGACAAUCGAUGAAAUGCGAGGCUGCGAAGAACAGGAAGGCUCCACAAACGCCUACCACCAAGAUUUUCGUUGGUAAUCUGACGGAUAACACUAAGGCACCGGAAAUCAGAGAAUUGUUUAAGAGGUUCGGAACGGUGGUCGAAUGCGAUAUCGUACGGAACUACGGUUUCGUUCAUCUUGAAUCAUCCGGUGACGUGAACGAAGCCAUCAAAGAGCUGAACGGGACGAUGGUUGACGGUCAGCCGAUGAAAGUGCAGAUAUCGACGAGCAGGGUACGUCAAAGGCCUGGCAUGGGCGAUCCGGAACAGUGCUAUCGCUGCGGACGCGGCGGACACUGGAGCAAGGAGUGCCCUAAGGGGAUCGGACCGGAUCGUUUCCGCGAUAGGAUGUUCGGCAGGGACCCAUACCCUCCGCCGCCCCCACCGCCGUUCCUACGGGAUCGCAUGAUGGGACGAUUUGGGGAUGGCUACGACAGCUACUAUGAGAGACGAUUCGAUGAUUCUCGAGACAUGUACGAGAGGCGCUACUCGGGCAUGCCUCCUAGGGGAAGUGGAUCCGACCUUAGGGGUAGAGGAGACUUCCUUCCACCCCCAAUGCCUCCACGCAGAGAACCUCUACCACCUAUGCCAUCCAUCGGUCUCAGGGGUGGUCCCCCAUCCGGCGGCAUAGGUGGCAGUAUGCGUGAACCCGGUUUCAGUAGCAGAAGCAGCGGCGGCGACUAUGGUAUUUUCAGUAGAAGGUCACCACCUGUUAGCAGCACUCCCAUGCCAAGGAUGAGCAGCAGGAUGUACGAAGAUUUCAGCAGAGAUUCGUUCGAUGAUAGGAGACCCAGCAUGCGAGGACCGUCACCAUCUAGAAGAUACGCACCUUACUAAGUGUCAUUAUUUAAUUUUAAAUCCCUCUACACAGAUUUAAUUUUUAUUUUGACAUUGAGGUUUUGGUUAUUCUGUAAAAUAUUUGUGCUUAUAGACUGCAGGUUAGAAGUUGUAUAAUAAGUUCUUUUGUAUCGACACACACCAAGUGGGGUUAAUCACGGUUUUAAACCAUGUACUAAAUCAUCUUUCAUUUAUGUUGAGUUGAUAUUUAGGAUGAAUGAAGUGAUAUGUAAUAUGUGACUUGAAUAAAAUGUUUUUUUAUAUUUAAAAAAUGUGUGGAUGGUAGACAAUAUAUCAAUCUAGUAAUUUAAAUUCUCACCGUGUAAUUUUUAUUCCUUGUUUCCUAUCCAUUAUGGGAGAAGAGAAGGGAAUGGUUUAUGGAUGUAUCUUCUGUAAAAAAAAAUCAUUUGUAUUCUCCUGUAAUGUUUUUGAUUUCACAAGAUUCACAAGGUAUUUUUAAUAUGAAUUGAAAGUUGCUCAUUCCUUUUCAUUUUUAUCAAUACCAAUUGUAUGGAAGGAAGCUGUGAAGACCAAGAAGUUUGUAUCAAUAAAAUAAAUUCAUCAAACAUA